AAUGUAUUUGUACAUCACAUCUAUAUUAAUAAUUAUACUAUUUCCGUAUACAUAUACAGAUAAAAACAACUAUAUUGCAGCUUAAUCUAAACGUUAACAUCAAACAAUUUAUAAUCAAUUAUUACAUGAAACAUAGAUCAAUAAUGGUCCAACACAGCAUCCCAGAACUUAGUAGAUAUUGGGUGGAGAAUGGGGUGAAAGGGGUGAAGUAGAGGAAGCCCCUCUAGUAAGAUAGAAGAGAAGCCAAAGAAAACAUUUCAGAACAUUUCAGUUAACAUUAAAUGCUUGAAAAAAGUAGUUCAUUUAAAACAUACACAUGACAAGACACAAUUUGAGAUGCGUGGACUUUUACGUGGUACUUUAUAUUGUGCACUAUGGUACAGCAGCAUAGUGGCUGGUUUUCUAUUUAUUGCUUGCCCUAUGUUACCACUGUUAUUUUUUAGUCCUCCAAAGUUUCGAAAAUAUGGUGAUCUAUUACUUUCUUGUUGGGAACUUUAUUCCACAGCUCUUUUAAAAGUAUUUGGUGUAAAAAUUUUGGUAUCAGGAGACCAUAUAUCUCCAAAUGAAUCUGCUGUUCUUGUAAUGAAUCAUAGAACACGGGUGGAUUGGAAUUUUUUGUGGGCUGCAAUGUAUCAAGCAUGUUUACCUAAUGUAGCAACUCAUAGAUUAAAAUUUGUUUUAAAGGAUCCUAUACGACAUAUUCCAGGACCAGGAUGGAUAAUGCAAAUGUAUGGUUUCCUUUAUAUAACUCGUCGCUGGGAAGAAGAUCAAAAUCGAUUGUCACGUACCUUGGAUUAUUUAGUGGCUCUUGAUAGGCGCUCUCAAUUACUUAUAUUUCCCGAGGGUACUGAUCUAACAAAAAACAGCAAAGAGAAAUCUGACAAAUAUGCCAUGCAACAUGUUCUGCCACAAUAUUCUUUUACUCUUCAUCCAAAGACAACAGGAUUCAGUUAUUUAGUUCGACAUCUUCAACAAGCAAGUUAUCUCAAUGCUGUUUAUGAUUUAACGAUUGCAUAUCCUGAUUAUAUUCCACAAUCUGAAUUAGAUUUGAUCAAAGGAAAAUUACCAAAUGAAGUACAUUUUCAUAUUAAGCGAAUACCAUCAUCGGAUGUGCCAACAGAUGAUUUAACAUUAAGGCGAUGGUUAGAAGAAAAGUGGUUUAACAAAGAAGAAAUCUUAAAACAAUUUUAUGAAAAAAAAACUUUUCCUGCUGAAAUUUGGCCGUUAACAAAAUUACGUCCUUUGCAUAUUGCCUUUAGUUUUUGGAGCAUUCUAACAGGAUGUAUGAUAGUUUUACUUAUUAUUUCACCAGUAUUCCAAUUAUGGACACUGGUACAUUCAGUUUUUUUUAUUGCUCUAUCAUUUUUUACUACUGGUUUUAAUCAACUUGAAAUGGGAUGGUAUUGGCGUUGGAGAACACACUUUCUUACAAAAAAAUAUGAUUAAUAAAAUUUUAAACUAUUUAAUGCAAAUAGAUUUCAGUAUUAAAUUCCAAUAUUAAAUUAAAUUAUUUCUAAAACUUUAUUAUAAAUAUUUUAUACAUCCAUAAAUAAUCUAUAUGUGAGUUUGGGGUAAAUUAAAGUUGAUUUAAUUUUCAAAAAUCGAUAAAAGAUAUUAAUUUUAAUAAGUUUAUAUAUUAGAAAUUUUAAGUGGUAUAAUGACAAUUCGAAGCAGAGCAUAGAAUAUGUGGGAACACUUAUCUUAUAGAUAAUAUAUAAAUUUAAUAUGAACUAAUUUAAAAAAGUUGAUUUAGAACAAACACAAUUUAAUAUAUUUGACUGAAAUAUAUAAUAAUAAUGCUAGUCUAAUAUCAUAAAUUAAAGGUAUUACUAUAGUGUACUAGAUAAAAAAAAUGAUGGAACUAUGAAAUUAUAAUACUUUAAUGUUGUGGGAAAAUUAGCCCUCCAUAGAUUACCGAGUUAUAAAAAAGAAUUUAUAUUUUACAUUUUUUAGUUCUGAUUAUAGAAAAUAAAGAUUGUAUAUAUCCCAUAUAUAUACACCAUAAUAUUUAAUUUAUCCUUUUCUACUAUGUGGUAUGGUUUAAAAAUUACUGUUUUUCAUAAUUUUGUUUAUAUCUUGAUACAGUUUGUAAACUAUGGAGAGUUGAUACUAAUAUUGACAAGUUUUUAAAAAAAUAUAUUUUGCUAACUUAAAUGUUUAGAAUGUAGUAUCCUUUUCUCAUAUUCAGUGUUAAUAUUUAUAAAAAAUGGUUUCGAUUUAUAUAUAUGACAAUAUUUUAUUUUUGUUUCUAAAGCCUGAGAAAAGAAGUAUUUAAUAUUAAAAUACAAUCAUAGAAAAAUUAACAAAUUUUCAAAUAACUUUUUUAUCCAGCACUCAACACAUAUAAAGAAUACAAUUAGGUUAACAAUAUUUAAUAUAAAAAUGUAUAAUAAUGGUACAAAACUCUAAUUAUUUAUGUCAUGUAUAAAUAUUUCAGACAUUUUAAAAAUUGUACAUUACAAACAAUUAAAAUAUUACAUUUAUACAAAUUACCAGAUCAAUUUUCAAAAAACUUUCUGUGUUACUUAGGAAUGUACUUUAUACAAAAUUUAUGCAUGAAAUGUGUAUAAAAAUAGUCAGUUUAUUACAUGUUAUUGCUAGAGAUUAUAAUAUUAAUUUAACACAUAUAUUUUGAUAUUACGAAAAGCGUUCUAAAUUAAAUAUAAUUCAGUGAGCACACGCAUACUAUGAUUUUUAUACUUUAAAAAUCAUAGAUAUUAUACAAAUUUCUUAAGAUGUGUUGCAAAUGCAUGUUAUAAUGAUACUUUCAUUGAAUAUAAUUUGAAUACUGUAACAAAUUUUGAAAAAAGAAUCUUAAUUUUGCUUUUUAUCAAUAAUUUAUAUUAUAACUAUUGAAAAACACUAUAAAAUGAAAUGAUAAUUAAUUUCGAAUCAUAGAUAUGUAGUUUAGCAAUAAUUAAUGAAUUUUAUGAUCAUAAAUUUUAGCAGCAUUAAGCAUUAUAAUUUUUCGAAGAUGUUUAAUCUAUCUACAAUAUAAUGAUAUAAUAAUACAAGCAGUAUUAUAUGUAUGUAUUUAAAUAAUGUCAGAUAUCUAUAUAUAUUUUUUAAUUUACAUAAUGCUAUAAUAUUUGGUUUGAAUAUUUUUUAGGAAUCAUAAUUAAAGUCAAUCUAGCUAACGAUGGACACAGUGCCUCAUUAUCUCAUAUUUCAAAGUACAAAUGUACAUACAUAUAUGGUAUAAAAUAAAAUUACUUUCGUGAAACAUUUCAAAAUCCUACGAAAUUUAAAAUUCAAUCAAAGUAAAGUAUGAGAUACUUAUGCACUUAAAAUUUCUCCAAGUGUCAUUUCAAUGUAUUUAAAUGGUAUGGAAUAUAAUCUUUUACUUUUCGUAUUGACUGAAUUAUACAAACAAUCUUAAAAGUUUCAAUUCUUUUGUAAUGGAACUUAGUAUUAAAACUAAAAAUAUUAUGUAAUAUAUGAAUGAAAUGCAUAGAAUAUAAUUUUUAAGUAUUUGGUUUUGUAAUAGUAGCUGAUCCUCUAUUUUUCUAUAGCUAUAGAAAUGUUAUAAGUAAAAGUGAAUUCAUGUGCCAAAAAGAUAUGUGUAUUAGUGUACUUUUAUGAACAGUAUUCAAACAAGAAGGUUGUAUAAAAA